AGUUUCCUUGUACUGAGCUUAUGUUCUCCACCCACUACUUAGUAAGAACUCCUUAACAACUUAAAGCUUUAUCCCUGUGAGUACCAGAAAAGUGAUCUGAGUAUUUAUUGAGCAGGGAGAACAAACUGCUUGCUCCAGGCAGGGAGAAAGCUUAUGGAAAUUAUAUUAGACCUUCAGCAAAGUGCACAGCUGCAUCAUACAGAAGCUGAGACUCAAACUGACAGGCAAAUAAGCCAGAUCACGGAAGGGGCCUCUGUGUGGCAGCUCUGAGCUACCAAGUGUUGGACAACUAGGCAAAAAGUGCAAUGGAACAGGGCAGAAAAUAACACACUAACUUCAGGCAACUGUUGCUUAUUCAUGGACUGGAAAGAAACAUUUUCCAUAGAUGUCGGUUUCUGUCUCUGUGAUGCUGCACUCUGAGUGAUGCCACGUUCAGCACUGAGUACUACUGGCAAAAUGAGAGGCUUCUCAGAAUGAGAUCUCCGAUGUCCCCCUACAGUCUGCAGUCGCACGGCUGGCGGUGUGGCACAGACGGAGCAAGGGUUACAUCAAGGCUGUUCUCUGGACCGUGCAAACAGUCUAGACCAAUGACCUGCAUCAUCGUGCCCUUUGAAGAAGAGGCAAGUUCAGUCACGACGAAGAAAAAUCAAGGCGUACCCCUUUUAACAAUAGGGAGCAGCUCGUGGCUGCAAAGAGGUGUACAGCUGCCCUUCCACCUCCCAGCAGGGCUGUGUUUGCUGCUCCACAAGCUGCAGAACAAGAGAAGCCAACUUGAGGAGCUUGCACAUUGUGAUACCCUCAGUGAUUUCUUUACAAUAUAUUCUGCUCCAGCCAGUGAAUUUUGUUUAACUGACCAGCUGAACGGCUUCCUGAAGAGCUCUGAGUUUUCUAUGCCAGAUUCUGCUCCAGUGGCUAGGACCUUUAUGGCUGCUGUUUCUUUUGCUCUGGGAUCUGAUGGAGGAAAAAAAAAAAAAAAAGCCACGAUGGAUCCUGUCUCUAAAGUAGAAAUUUUCUUUUUCAUUCUGCAAACAAGGCUAAAGAUCGGAGGAGAAUGAAUGCAAAAGUAAUUCAGGAUUGUGGUCGUGCCAUUAAAAGUGUUCGGCUUCAGGACAAAAUUAUUUGGGAAUUCCGAGCAUUUCUUCUUACUGUAUCGACAGUAUUUGAAAGUUAUGUGUGCUUUGAGUAAUCUGGUUCAAGUGACAACAAUCUCUGCAUGUCAAUGUUUUCUGCAGCUUAUGGAGUGAAGGCUAGUUGUGCCACUGGGAAGGAAGAAGCUUUUUCUAGCAGUCUGUAGAAGGAUUAAAUGUUGAACGUGGGGAACAGGAAAAAAGUGAAUACAUGCCCAAAGGUUAUCCGUGCAUCGUGAAUGGGUUUAAAGUACUCUGUAACCCAGGGCCCACCUGAACAGUAGGACUAAAAGUAUAAUGGGAAAAUAUUUCAAUUAGAACCCCCUUAACAAGCAUUUAAUCCUUCUUUCAGGCAUUAAGGAAAUAGAAUAAAAUUGUUACUGUACAAAUCUGCUGGAAGCAGAUUUUAACCCAUUUGUAGACGCUUCCCUCUGAUGCAUUAUAGUAACAUAGCUGCUUGCAAAACAAGGCAGUGAAGAUUUUUAUCCUGUGUUCUUUGUUUUUUCUUUUCAAAAGUUAAGGACUAUACUCUCAGAAAAGUCUGUUCGGUCAGCUGAUACAUUGUUUGAAUGUAUGUAUGCAUCUUGCCUGCUUAUUUGAUCUUUUCUGCCCCCUACUUGAAACUGUGAUUUGUUUAUUUGGGGGGGAAAGGAGGUGGUGUUAAUUUGGGGGUGGGGGGGACAUUGGUUUUAAAGUUUAUUUUGGGUUUGGAGGUUUGUUUUUUUUUUCUAUUUAAUAAUAGCAGUGAAAGUUUUGGUGACAGCGAUUAUGACUACCAAACAGUUCAGUUUAUUGGAAGACGAAAUCUACUGGAUCAUAUCGGACUUUUCCUAGUCCCUGAGACCCUAACUUGUGAGGUUUUUUAGCAACAAUCACAAGUCAGGCUCUUGGGACCUAGGCGGAGGGGAACCAGCAGCUUUGGACUGUGAUUGUUUCUCUGCAGAAUUUAGAGAACCAAAGGAGCUUUCUUUGCCUGGAAGGGUGAAAAGGAAAAUAUACCUAUUUCAAGUGUUAAGCAUCAGAACUCUUCCUAAAAAAAAAAAAAAAUAAAAAUCUAAACAACUGUUACCCAUUGUGCAACAUUAGGAUGUUACAUAUUUAUAUGUUUAGAAAACUGGACUAGAAGUCAUACAAUAUUUAGAGUUAAAAUGUAACCUGAAUGUUUGUUUGCACCUGAAACCUGCCCCCAAACAACAAAAACAACAAAACCCCCACUCAAAACAGAUAGUAAAAUAUACAAAAGACUUCCAACCAUAAAAUUAAUGCCACUAUUAUUAUAGACAGUUCUGAUAGAUAAUUACCACAAAGGAUAUACAUUUAUCCUUACUGUUACAGCAUUAAUUGACUUUUAAAACAUAAAACACAAACACUGAUGUUUGAGGCCUAGAAAACAUUCAUUCUGUUGUUUGAAUAAUGAUUCCAGUCUACAGGAAAACUGUUGCUUAGCUUUUCCUGUAACAUGGAACAAAGAGUAUUUUGUAGUUAGUUGCCAUCCUUUUUCUUUGUCCAAGUGAGAACACAAUGUCAUUUAAAAUAUUCUCUCAUUUAAUUUACAUUUUAAUCUGAAAGAGAAUAUUGGUUUAAAAAUCAUACUACAACAUUAACAUCCCUUUGCACUCAGAAACAUAUUUCUUGUAGCUGCUCAAUUUAAAGUGAACCCACAAUACUCUAAGCACCCGACUUCUAACUCCACCAUCACUUCUUAUAUUUUUUAUCCCUCUGAAAAAACCAGUGUGAGCUGUAGCUUGUCCCUCAUGUGUUAAGUUCUUCACUGACUGCAUUAGGAAAUUCACAAGCACAUGAGCUAUUCUGCACUGCUUAUUUGUCUCAAACAUCUGAUCUAAAACACAUAAUCUGAUUUGUAUUUCUUAAUAUUUUGUAGGUGAGUUAGUUCUGAGUCAUUUUUCUCUGUUUCCUGUGCCUAACCAAGAUGCUGCAGGACUUUGUUGAUGCAUCAGGCUUCCCUGAAACAAAGGCUUCACACAGAUCAGGCAUCUAAACUAUUUGUUCAUUUCAAAAAUGGUAUUUUGGCUGCAGUAUAUUUUUUCCACUUGUGUGGGAGGAAUUGUGUUUUAUUGUAAGCAUCAACACUAUUGUUAAAAUAAAUUGUUCUUAUCUGUUAGUAUAAUACUUUUUCUUCUUGUCUUGUUUUCUUAAGAGAAAGAAACUAUGUUCAGUACAUAGUUUUCAAGUUGCUCAAGAUAUAAUUAGUCUUUAAAUAGUUAUAAAAAAUAUUGCCUUAGCAAUUACAAUGAUGAUACUGUUCCUGUAAAUAUGUAAUUCUUUUCUUCAUAAACUGUCAAUCCCACAUGCUAAGAACAUCCAAAAGAGCUACUUGCAAAAAUUUAAGAUACAAAGGUAACGUUUUUAACACAGACAUGAUAUUUAAUGUUGACUUCUGUUUAGGCAAUAUAGGAAAAGCAGAUCUGAAUGUGUAUAGAAAAAACAAAUGCACCCAGAUAGAUGCUAUGCUACACUCGUGAAGCACUUUGUUGGGAAUUUAUACAUAUUAUGUAGCAGUUUUCAAUACUGAAAACAGGUUAUUAAAGAUACUGAUCAGGUGAACACAUAUUCUGUUCAUUCAAGCUGUAUAAUGAGAUAAAACUAUAUUGUGUGUUGGUAAUACAUGUCAAUAUACAAUUUAAAUUACACAUAGUACUUAUAAAAAUAAAAAUCUUUAUAGAUUUAUUCAGCUGUACAAUGCACCCAUCUAUGCAUAUUAAAGAUUGUUGUUGCAUUUAUUUUUUGAUCAGCAAAAUUUACUUGAAUGAAGAUAGUCCACAUUUAUCACUCUGAAUUAUUUUUGCAUUUAACACUGUGUGUACAAUGAAGGCGAAAUUGUGGUGUGAAAUGUUUUGUCUCUGUCAGUCUGAAGAUUUCUACUAUGCUCUGCCCUGCACUGAGACUAAGAAGAAAAUGAAUCAUUAGAAACCCCUGCCUGGCGUAUUUGGUGCUCCAGCAAAAGUGGUGAAUAUGCAGUCCUGCCUCUGCAUUACUGCUUGAACUGGGAUGACUCCAGUGGCUCUGCUCUGCCCAUCGUGCUCACUGCUGCCCCUUGCCAUAGUGAUGGCAAAGUUGGUGCACUGCCUGCCUCUUUUCCUGCUCCCUCUUCUUCCCCAGGGCAGCACAGCCAGCCCAGCCUCAGGUACACAGGUAGGGCAGAGGUGGAUGGAGGGGAGGGAGCAGCAGGGUCUUCACUCAGGCAGAAUUUCCACCAGGAUCAGCAACGUGUUUCCAUGUCCUGGGACUGCGUGACAACACCUACAGAGACUGCAGGAAGCAGUCCCAAAUACCCAGUGACAGUAUAUGAAAGCUGUCUCUAUUAGCACAAAUAAAUAGAAAGCAUCCUCUUCGGUAUGCUAUACUUAGAUAUAUAUACAGAAUUUCAAUACUUUUCUAUAUAUAGGAAUCAUAUAUUUCUAUACCACUUGAUGUUGUUUCACUGCAAAAUGCAUUUAAAUGCUCUUUAAUAAGUGAUUUCAGAGUAAUCAGCUUGUGCUACAACAAAAAACAAAAAACAAAAACACGAGCUCUUGCAAAGGGGGAGGAAGAGAGAGAGAGAGAGUGGAAAAGAUGUGUGGUGCAUACAAAAAAGGACUGAUAUUAACAAUUCGAUGGGUUCCUAGUUGGUGGAGCAGACUGAGCCAGACGCAUAUAUUAGCGCUGUCUGCUGCUGAUGGGAGCCUGCUCAAUGCGGUGGAAAUGAAGGAUCACCUAGGCUCUGACACCAGCUUAUUUGUACCUUUUAAUUUUAAAAAGGAAAAUCACUGUUUUACAUAAACAUCUUAACCCCUACAUGGUUUUUUUUUUUUUCUUUUCCCCUCCCUCAUAUUGUUUGCUAAUUUACUGUCAACUUAAAGUGUUGUUUAGCUACAGCCCAACAAAACAUCAGUCAAAAAGAGUAUUAGCUUCUCUUUUGUCUGCCAUGUACAAUUGAGUUAUUAUGAUAAUUGUCUACUUUAAUUUUUAGUCUUCAUGGGAGAUGUAACAAUUUUCUGGAGCUUAAUUUUGGAGGCAUUUUAAGUUCCAGCUAUAUACAUUUCAUAUUUUACCCAAACAAUGCAAAAUAAAACCCAAAAAACCCCCCCAAAAAAAGGUCAUAGCUCAAGCUGGGGUGAUUUGAUCAAUUAUUUUCAUUAACCUGAAAAUCUUUAGCACCUUUGUAUGUUAUUACAUAUAUGGACAAGAUUUCUUUUCCAACCAUAUAAACUCUAAGAUCCUUUAAUACCGCACUGAAGACUGCUACAUGAGUCAAGGGAAUUCCAAUCCAAGUUAAUUACUGUUGGAAUUAGGGGAAAGAAUAUUUUACUCAAAGUUGUACAACAAGAAUCUACAAUUAUCACAUUUCAGGGCAUUGCUCUAUCCAUUUGAUGAAAAAAUGUCAAUGAGGUUUAACAGAAGAUGUUCUGCAUUUCCGUGGGUAAUGAAAAUCGGCACAUCCACGAUAAGCUAACACAACAUUUUCAGUGUGUUAAUAUUCAGUGCAGCAGAAAUUUCUGUAGGCAGUAAAUGUAGCCAUCAUUUCGAUUCGUGUGAUGAUUAUGCUCAAUUCCUGUCUAGGUGCAUAAUUUCACACUGAAAAGCAGUCGUCUCUUCUUAGGGACCAACUACAGCAAAAAAAAAAAAAAAAAAAACAAAAACAAACCAACCGAACCAAAACAACAACAAAAAACCCCAAAAACAAACAAGGAAAAGACGGCUGCUGUCUGGGUCUAUAACUAGCUAGAUAGUCACACAAUAGAAAAAAAAAACAUAUCUGGAAAACUAUAAAAAUGCCAGCUGAAACUGUAUCACUCAAUUAAAAGUAGAUUUAUUUUAUUAUAUUCAUUUAAAGUGGUUUUGUCCAAACAAUGUAUCUGAUGCAUUCAUCACCUUGUUAAGUUUUUUCAUUGUUUGAUGAUUACAAUAGGCAUCUUCAGAGUUUGUUGGAUGCUGUGUUAUUGCACUCCUUGGCAGCACUAGAGUGAUUCUUAUGGGGAGUUAUAUUCUGACCAGAAUCCAGCUCAAUUGAUUGAUGAGCUUCACUUGCAGUGCCUCAGUAGCAACAAGUGGAUGGAAGCCUUUAAGAAU